CUCUGGACCAAGUCUUCUCUCGUUCUUCUCUUUCCUUUCUCAUCCUCUCCAUCGUCCCCCCUCGAUGGCCAUUUUUACUCUGCCCCGGUCGUUCCAGAGCAAUGUCUUCUCUCCCCAGAACCCGAUGGCAUCCGCCGCCAUGAGCGCGACAGGCUCCAGCUCCAGCUCCAGCUGGAUCGCCAGCGCUCCAUCACAACACCCGCCAUUCUUCCAUCUUGUGCUCCUGGUCUUUGAGGCUGUAUUGGAGGUUAUCUGUGUCAGUUUGCCGGGCUACUUUGCUGCUCGACAGGGCAUGUUCGAUGCAGAGGCGCAGAAGCUGGUGGCGAAUCUCAACGUGACGCUGUUUACCCCCUGCCUGAUUUUCAUUAAAUUGGGCUCUCAAUUGACUGCCGAAACACUCGCCGAUUUGGCAAUUAUCCCCGUGAUCUUUGUCGUUCAAACCGGUGUCUCUUAUCUUUGCGCUUUUGUGAUUGCGCGAUGUUUCCGUUUCAAGAAGCGCCAGUCGAACUUUGUCGCGGCGAUGGCGGUGUUUGGCAAUUCCAAUUCCUCCCUAUCUCUCUCGUCAUGUCGCUCUCUCAAACCCUCAAGGGUCUCCACUGGGAUCGCAUCCCGAACGAUAACGAUGAUGAGGUCGCCGCGCGUGGUAUUCUCUAUCUGCUAAUCUUCCAGCAGCUCGGGCAACUCGUUCGCUGGAGUUGGGGAUAUCAUAUCCUCUUGGCUCCCAAGGAUCGAUACUUGGAGGAUGCAGAGCGGGAUAUCACCGACCAAUCGCGCAUCGAGCAAGGUCAAGCUCGAUACAGCGAUAACCCAGACCAGACGGAUCCAGAUGAGCCGCUGGUUCGCACACGCAGUUCCGACGAUCUCCACCAUUCUCCGGGCGGCAGUAGCCGGUUCCACUCCGGGGAUCAAACGCCCGUAUCAACUCGUGCCUAUUCGUACACCAAGGUGUCGUCUGUUCAUUCUCACGAUGAUUUGGAUCAAGAAGAUGAUUCAGAUGCUCCGCCAUCGGUCUUGGGACCACCUCCGGACGGUCCAUUCUUGCCACGUCAAAACACCGGAGUUGAUAUUCUCUCUUUCCCUGACGUUGAAGCCACUGCGCGCCAAUCCCAAGCCGCAGACAAGACCUUCAUCCAGCGCUGCAAGUCCUCUCUCUGUAAGCGCCGCGAACGUAUCCGUCGCGCCUGGGAGAAGAAGACCGGCGCUGUGUAUGGACGUCUGCCCCCCAAGGCCCAAAAGUGCCUCUCAGCCAUAACUCGCGGUGUAACCCGCUUCCUCCACGGCGCAUGGGACUUCAUGAACCCCCCUCUAUGGGCAAUGCUCGUCUCCGUCAUCGUCGCCUCCGUCCCAGCCCUCCAACACGUCUUCUUCGAUGAAGGUACCUUCAUCCGCAACUCGGUGACCCGUGCCAUUGAUCAAAACGCCCAAGUCGCGGUUCCCUUGAUCCUAGUUGUUCUCGGCGCGAAUCUCGCGCGCAACACGCUGUCAGAGGAGAACCUGGCUGACAUGGAGCACCCCAGUGCGGAGCGUAAAUUGAUCAUCGCCUCGCUGGUCGCGCGCAUGUUCCUGCCGACGCUCAUCAUGGCGCCACUGCUGGCGCUGAUGGCCAAGUUUGUGCCUAUCAGUAUCCUGGAUGACCCGAUUUUCAUCAUCGUGUGUUUCCUGCUUACUGGUGCGCCGUCGGCGUUGCAGUUGGCACAGAUCUGCCAGAUCAAUAAUGUUUAUGUCGGGGCGAUGUCCAAGUUGUUGUUCCAGAGCUAUGUUGUCUGGAUCCUCCCCUCUACUCUCAUUCUGGUUAUGUGUGCCCUGGAAGUCCUCGAGUGGGCUGCCUAAGUCACCCAUACCUUCUCAUUACCUUAUGUACACGUAUAACCUCAAACCCGGCGAAGCAGGUCUUCUCUUUUCCGUGCUUCAUUUUUUUUGAAUGUAUUUAUCCUCACGUUCGAGGACACUUCGGCGUUUUGGGCCCGCGAAUAUGCUUAUCCGGCUGGGCUUGGGCUUUGCAUUGGCGAUUAUGGCGUACGUUGCUUUCUAUCAUUUCUUUCCAGGAUUAGGCUCUACAAUCACACCCUCCUUUGUCUAUGGAGUGAGUUUCGGAAAUUCGAUAUUUUUACUCCCGGUUUACUUGUGGAGAUACGAU